AUGACAAUAAACAUCCUCCAUAACAGCGAAACCAACCCAGAGCAAUUGUUUUUGACAUUGACACACUCAACGUUUAACACUGAAAUGUUGUAUCCACUAUCGCAAAAUACUAGAGAUUUGAUGAGCUUUAAGUUCAAACAAAUCAAUAACAAUCGCAUCAUGACAUAA